CUGAGCGUGCUUUACAAGCUCUUUACGAAGAUUAUUCUUGCUCGCAUAUCAAGGACACUGGAUAAAGCCCAACCUGUGGAACAAGCUGGAUUUCGCCAGGGAUUCAGCCUCGAUAAUCCUCAAAACUGGCAGACCUCGAUAAUCCUCGAAACUGUCUGGAUCACAUCGAGGAUUAUCGAGACUUUGCCUCGUCUUGGCGAUCCAACGGAAUACGUCUCUAAGGCAAAACAUCUGGACUGGUCAUAUAAUGAGAAGAACAGACAACAGAUGGACACUGGAAUGGAUCCCUCGCAAAGCGAAACGUCUUCGAGGGAGGCUACCGACCAGAUGGGCUGA